AUGAACAAGCUAUUCGGGCGCAGAAAAGAGCCAAGGCGCAGCUCAGAGGACGACUACAACAAGAUGCAAUACUUCACUCCUCGCGGCGAACUCCCAGCCAUGUGCGUUAACCAGCAAGUCCAAGAAAUCCCGAUCGGCAUGAAGCAAGAACAAGGAAAGAAGAAAGACUUUCCCCACAAGUUCAGGAAUGAUGUAGAAGAACAUCCCAACGGACAAAAGUACAGAACCUUCGAACCUUUCGAACAGCGCAACCGCCCCGAAGAGGUGACUCUCUUGGAGGUUCCUGUCAACAGCCGCGUCAAUCUCGAGAAGAAGGUCGUCGGAUUCCGCACUGUUCAGAAUAGAGAAGCAAAGCCAGUGCACCACAACGACAGAGCUCGAGUUGUGCGCAACGAGCUUAAUGAACCCGGUCCUUUUCGUGGUGUUGUCGCCGUGAACGACAAGACCGGGACAAAUUAUGGCGUGCAAGGGGUUCUAUACCAUCCGGAGGGUGAUACUCAGCGCUUUGAACGGGCGCCGAUGGAGCCUUUGAGUCGUGAAGGAAGGCAGUAUAUAAACAGGUUUAAGGAUGAUGAUGAUCCGCACCGGGUCACGACUUGGCCUCCGAGAGAUGAGGAUGGUGAUGAUCUUGCCAUGUAUGAGAGGCGGCAUCAGAAGGUGAGGGCGUCCAAGCCGCCGCCUGUUCCGAAGACUGGUAAGAAGAAGAAGUCCGGGUUCUUUUCGUAA